CCCUGGGGAGUGUUUCAUCAACAUUUUCAUCCGACAAGUUGUCAGAUCUGACAUCUUUCUCUGAUGUUGAUUGGCUGAGAGGUACUGUUACUAUGGUAACUGUCGGAUAAAAUGGGACUUGUCGGAUAAAACGUCCGACAAGUCCUUUCAUGAAGCGCCCCCCGGGGCUCGAACCUCGAUUUCAAAGGGUCCUGUCUAUCGGUAGUUCAAAACGAAACUGAGAAAUGCAUGCCAAUGUAAAAAUCACUUGAAUACUAUACUGUUUGUAGAGUAACUAGACCGUACUUGAUAUUAUGACGUCAUUUAUUUAUUAAUGCCGAGCAAACGUUCUAUUCAAAUAUCAUUCCAUGGCACAAAAAAUGGUUAACAAUAUUAUGACAACGACAGUGGUAAAAAGAGCGGUAUAUAUGAUAUAUGCAUGCAGAGGAUCAAAACUGACGAGAAGCGAUUUAUGAGAGGAAAACUAUACGAAGGCAAGUCGUUCAAUAUCAAUUAUUUAAGGAUGUGUAUACGUUGCCAUGGAAGCUGUAUGUAUCACGAAUCAUUUUUAAUUGGUUCGCUGUUAUUACAAUUACCAUACCCUUACUCUGUGAAACCAGGAUCACAUAUAUGCAUAAAUAUACACAGUAAUUAAUGAAUGGUACAGUAUACCUGAUCAUCGAUGAGGAUAUGAUCGUACCUUCAUGCUUUAUAUUCAUGGACGCCAUAAGAUCGGUCUAUAUAGUUUCUGAUGGUGUGUGUAACGGAAUAACUGAUUAUGGAUGCAGUGAAUAUGCCUACGCUGGGAACAGUGAGAAAUACUAAUAAACAGAAUCCAGGCAGAAUAUUUCUUUGCGACUUCAUAAUCGCAGUCAUAUUAGCAUUCGACCUAUUUUCUAACUGUAAAGCCCAAUGCUCAGAUUCUGGGAAAAUCGUGGAGUUUUCAAGACCUCAUCAAAUAAAUUGGACAAACAAUCCAGAUUCAUAUUUGGGAGAUAGCCCAUGCUCGUGGAAUGUCACCAUACCGGGUGUAGGAUCAACAUGGCGAAUUCAAGUUAAAGUGCUUCAUAUUGAUUUACUUUGUUGCAACUGUGAAAAAGAAUAUUUAUUGAUAAAAGACGGUUCAGAAUCGUCUGCUAGGCCCAUUGCUGUUUUGUGUGGUGGUCCUGGAGUUGAAAACCCAAACACCCUAACCAGCAGCGGGCCCGCCCUCUACGCUGAGUUUCAGAUCGAAGCCGAUGAUAAGACGACUAGAUCCAAAGGAUUAGGAUACGCACUAGAGUUCCAAUACUUUGAUUCGGCAGUAUCAUGUCCAGUUGGUUGGGCUAGCAGGAAUGAAUUUUGUUAUAAACUCUACCAUGAAGUGUUACCAUGGCAGAAGGCAGCAUCACGGUGUGGAUAUGACGGAGGAUUCCUAACAUCUAUCUUUGAUCGGGAUGAAAAUGACUUCCUUGUCGAAACCUUUGGGUCUGAGACGUCUUUAGCAUGGAUCGGAAUUGACUCUGAUGAAAGCAAUCACUGGCUUGAUGGUUCGAGUUCACUUCAUUACACCAAUUUCAGAUCUAAAAGUUCAAAAGAUCCAGAUUCGGGUUGUUAUAUUCUUGAGCUUGGUGAAAGUGGAUUAUGGUGCAUUUCAGACUGUCAACUUCAACAGAAGUUUAUAUGCAAGAAAUCUCAGGAUGGAUCCGGAGGAAGGUACUGGACCGAGGUUAUUUAUGGCCCUCAAACCAACCCAUCGAAACGUGGUCUUAAACCUGGCAUCGCUUGGGUACUUAUAGUAGUUUUUUUCUUACUCGGAGUUUGCUUCUACGGCAAGCGGGAGAAUACGGUCUUUACUAUCAUGAUGGGAUGCUUGAAGAGUUUCUUUGAGUGCUGUGUCGACCGGGUAACAGACUGCUUCACACCGUGCACGUUAUGUUUUCGACGAAUUCGACGUCGGCGUCGCUUCCAGGCUCGGACGACGCGAACAGUUCCCAGCCAUCAUCGGAGACACCACGAAGCGAUGGACAACCCUCCCACAUCACAGAUCAUCACAUCGCGAUCGACUCCAGUAGAAACGGACGAUCAUAUUACAUACAGAGAACGCAUGACACCGCCGUCGCCCUCGCCGUCUAGCGAUGACGAAGACGCAACUUCGGAGCCGGCUGCACCCCCUUCCUACAGCAAUGCCCUGGCACCAAGAUUUGACAUUUCGUUCAUUGACCAUAGAACUUCACCCACGACAUCGAUGAACGACGCAGUACCCACAUACGAGUAUGCAAUGGCCAGAACAGAAACUAAUGUUUAGAAAUUAAUUUCUUGGUGGAUUAUAAAGUGAUUAGAACCAGAGCUCUGGCAUCGGCAUUCUUUUCUUUUCUUCAGCAGGUCAAUAGGCCCGGAAGUCACCGAGGAGAGGGGUGAGGGGCCUUAUUCGGACAUGGGAAGCGGGCCCGGGUGCUGAGGGUACCCCUGAAGCACCUCCCAAAGACUUUUCCGGGGCUGCUAUCCCUUGGAAAUAGGGUUGGUAUAGAAAUGUGACUGUAUAGAUGUGACCCAAAUUUCCUUUAAUUUUGGAGUGAAGCCACUCCCCUUUUAAUUUGCUUGUCUUAUCAUGUGGUUAGAGUAGAGUGAAAUGCAUAGAGAAAUACCCUUGCCCCUCCACUUAAUAGAGGGUAGAUAGUUAAUAAAAAAAAAUUAUUGGGUGAACAAUACCUAUAAUAACAAAUAACAGUAUAACAAUUUCUUGAGCUUUUCUAUACUUUUAUCAAAAUAUUUUUUGUCGGGCUGAAUUUCACCUUUUGAGCAAAUAAAUACAUCCUGAAACAUUUAUUGGCAUAGUAACACGACAUUCGUUGUAUUUACUUUGUGUAUCCUAAGCAUAUUUACAGGGGCGCGUGACAAGAAUGUAACAAUAACCAUUAUGAUUGUUGUUUGCACAGUCAGUGCCCAUACACCACUUUCAAAUUCGUUACCCUGCCCAUGUAUUUAUAUUAUCACGGUCUAAAAGAAAUACAAUUGUAUAAAAUGAUACCAUACUGGAAAGAACACAGUGUGUUCACAAAGUGGUCAAUGUGAAAAAAUAUUCACACUGUUAAAAUCAUCAAAAUCAACAAUAUCAAGAUAUUUUCACGCUGUGGACACCUCGACAGUAUGUGACUGUUCACAUGGUCGACUAUGUGAUUCACAUUGUUACAGUGCUCAAAUUUAACAUUGUGAAAGUGCUUUCACAUUGUGUUCCACACUGUGAACAUGAUCUGUGGUGCACACUGUUGGACCUCGACAGUGUGACUGUUCACAGCGUGUUCAUAUGGUCAACUAUGUGAAUAUGUGAUUCACAUUGUUAAAAUGCUCAAAUUCAACAGUGUGAAGUGGUUUGUAAACAAUUUGGAACCAGUGGGAUUCGAACCUGCCAUCUACUGCUUGCCGGGCAGCGAUUCAACCACCAGGCUAUUCUGGUUCACGGCUAAGUCACAAUGAACUGGAAUACGAAUACCCUAGAUCCUGACUCAUUAAUGCGCAAAUGCAUUCCGUCGUGGACAAAAGUAAAUAAUGAGGCUUUAAUAGGAGGUAUAAUAAUCAUUUUUAAACAGAUUUUCGGCAUUACUCCUAUGUGUUUAAGAUAGCAUACUCGAUCUGUAAUGAAAUGAAAUAUUCUUUCAUUCAGUAAUGCUCUACUUUUGCGCAAAUCCAAAUUUACAUCACUGCAAAGAAUACUUAUACUGAUUAUCCAAGCGUGAAGACAAAUGGAAUAAAAUUAUCUGGGAAAAGGUAAUCUUUCCAGACAUAUAUAACAAUUAUGCAUUCAUGACAUAUUUUCCCUUAAAUUUUGGAUUUGUGAGGUGUCAAGUUUUUUUUUACACUGUUUAGUUAAUCCUGUUUCAUAGACAAUGGUGAUAAUAUCAUAUUAUUUUGGUCGCUCGAUCGCUACCCUUUCUAUCUUUCGAAUCGUUCUCACACAUUUUCUUCUUAAUGACCUGCCACGCCAAAGCCAAAUAUAAGUCACGUCACUCAAGCAUGAGAUGUGCUCACUGCUUGGGCGGAUCCAAGAUUUCGUAGGGGGAGGGCAAAUUUGACCUGAUUUUGGCGCCCCUGUGUACUUUUCGAAAAAUGACGCCCCUCCCCUUAUCAAUAUUAUUUCAUUGUCACAUUAAAAAAAAAUGAAGACCUCUUUAAUGAUGUGUUCAU